AUGGACAGCUUGGCCGCCAGCCGCCUGCUCUGGGUGGACCCAGACCCGCCCUCCAGCGUGACCCAGCCGCCGAGCAGACAGCCGACAGCCGGGCAGGUGGCCGCGCCCCGCGAGCGGAGAAGCCAGGCAGGCACCAUGGAGGAAGGCUCGUACUCAGAGGUCCCGGUGGAGCCCCCCCUGAGGCGGUGGCGCUGCGGCAGGCAGGGCGUGAAGCUGGCGCUGCUGGGGCUGCUGACGGCGGCGCUGUGGGCCGGGCUGCUGAGCCUGCUUCUCCUGUGGCACUGGGACACGGUGCAGAGUCUGAAGCAGCUGGAGGACACCGCUGCCCAGAACGUCUCUCAGGUCUCCAAGGCCUUGAAACAGCAGGACGCCGAGUUCUCCCGCAACCUGGACCGGGUGGUGGAGAACCUGAGCAACCUCAAGUCCCUGGGCCUGAACGAGCGCCGGCGGGCCUUCGAGUCCCUGGAGAGGCUGCGCCUGGAGGUGGACAAGCUGUGGGUGGAGCUGCGCGAGGCCAACGGUUCUCGGUGCGGCUCGUGCCCCGAGCAGUGGGUCAACUUCCGGCGGAAGUGCUACUACUUCGGCCAGGGCUCCAAGAAGUGGGUCCAGGCCCGGAACGCAUGCCGCGGCCUGCAAGGGCAGCUGGUCAGCAUCCACAGCCAGCAGGAGCAGGACUUCCUGACCAGGCAUGUCAGCAGGACCGGGUCCUGGAUCGGCCUUCGGGACCUGGACAUAGAGGGGGAGUUUGUCUGGAUGGACGGAAACCCCCUGGACUACAGCAACUGGGGGCCGGGGGAGCCCAACAACGGGGGCCAGGGUGAGGACUGCGUGAUGAUGCAGGGCUCGGGGCAGUGGAACGACGCCUUCUGCUACAGCCCGCUGGACAGCUGGGUGUGUGACCGCCUGGCCACGUGCUGACGCCCCUCCCCAGCCUGCUGCCAACUGCCCUGCCCCACCUUGAACUCAGGAACAGCCAAACCCAGGAUAGUACCUGCCCGGCCUCUGGCCCAGCCCUGACCCCUACGCACCAGAGGGCCAAGGAGGGCACUGUCCUGGGCAUGGGGGUCCUCCAGGACCAGGUAGGGACAGAGCUGGCCCCUCGGCUAGACAUGCCCCAGGGGCCCCAGGUCUCCGGCUGUCCCUACCAACGACCCGUGCACAGACCCGUCUCCUCCUCAGAAAGCCAUGCCAGUGAGUGAGCAGCGUUCUGCGCUGCCGGUCACUCGGGCCCUCGCUGGGGCGUCCCCGCCGCCUCCCCCCACUGCCCUCACCCUCCUAAGCCAG